UGCUUAAGCGUGUGAAGUGUGGGGGUUAGGCCUCCAUUUUUACCAGGACGCCUCCAGCAGCUGUCCACUGGCACGCAAGAGGGAGCGUCACAGGGGCAAUACAGGGGUUCAGGACUGAACCGACGCGGCUCUCUGCAGUUUGAGCCAGAAGGUUUUCUCUCACCGUCUUCAGUCUGUGGAGGACCUGCAACCCCACCAUGGCGGAUCAGUACCAGUUCAACACCAACGAGCAAAAGAUUGUGAAGGACAGCCACACCAAAGAGAUUGAUCUAAUCAACAGAGAUCCCAAGCAGAUCAAUGAGGAUGUUGUGAAGGUGGACUUUGAGGAUGUCAUUGCAGAGCCUGACGGUACACACAGCCUGGAUGGGGUGUGGAAGCUCAGCUACACCACCUUCACUGUCUCCAAGUACUGGUGCUAUCGCAUCUUAUCUGCUGUCUUUGGUAUCCCUGUUGCUCUGCUCUGGGGCUUCCUGUUUGCAUGCAUCUCCUUCUGCCACAUCUGGGCUGUGGUUCCCUGCAUCAAGAGCUGUCUGAUUGAAUCACAGUGCAUCGGCCGCAUCUACUCUCUCUGCAUCCAGACCUUCUGUGAUCCCUUCUUCGAAGCCUUCGGAAAGAUCUUCAGCAGUGUGCGUGUUGCACUGCGGAAAGAAGUCUAAGAACUCAUACAACGGCGUUUAUAGUAUGAUUGGAUGGAGUGCGGUAUCUUUUUGUACACCAGGAGCUCACUUCUACACCCUUUAUAACAUGCUGUUCUCCACCCACUCAUCCUCAAGCUCUGUCCUGGCAUGCCCACAGUGCCACCAGAGGCUCUGUGACAGCUGCAGCAGUCAGCGUGGUUCUGUGACAGCUCUGGCACCCUUUGGGAGGGAGAAGAGGACCGCCUGUCAUGACGAGGCGCGGUCUGCGCUCGUUUAUUUGUAUCACAUAAACCAAAGACAAUAGCUGCUCAAUCACAAGAAGUAAAAGGAACUCCCUUACAUUGCUGCAUCUGUUGACACAAGUGUCCAUUGAUGCUAUAUGGUGCUGUUUCUAGCAUUUUAAUUGGAUUUGACAUUCAUAUUACACAUAUGUAACCUUAUUUAAAAAGCGCUAACAAAAAUAAAUUGGAAAUGUUAAAUUAUUUAUUUUACAAUUUGUCAUGACUACAGUUUGUGUAAACUUGCAAAGGAAAGAAACAUGUUUGCAACCAACCACGCAGAUCAUUUACUUCCGUUUAUUAAAGAGGGAUCACUUUAUGUCUAUUCUAAUGACACUUUACAAUUGAUUAAACCAUCCCUAUAAUAAAAUAUACUGGUUCUGUGUUCUGUCAAUCAAUCAUGAGUCACCAAACAUCUUAACCUGACAUUGUGGUUUACUUGAGUUGACCUUGGAGCUGGAACCCACUAGAGGCUGCUGUUGUGUCUUUCAUUUGCUUCUAUUUCAUGUCUGAGAUCCAUUAUUCAUGAUUCAUUGUCACCACAUCCUUUGUUCAUUGCUGCAAUGUUUUUCUGUCUGGCCAACUCAUUUGUCCAAAAAUUGGAGAAAAAUAAAGUUGAAAUGCCAAUAAGCAUAUAAAGCAUUGAUC